AUGAAGAAAAUAAUGGAAGAAAUAAUGUUUUCUAAAAAAUUGGAAAAAAUAUUGAAAGGUUAUGAUGUAGUUUCUGCUAUUAGUGAAUUUUUGACUGAAAAGGUUGAAAAUUUUUUAUCUUGGAGCAGAGAUGUGGGAAUUUGUACUGAUGGAGCACUAGCCAUACAAGCCCUGGCUUCUAAAACUUUGCCUGAGAAUUUGAGUACGGCACCAAAAGUAGUUAUCAGAGCAGUUAAUAAAAUUAAGUCAGGUUGUCAAGAGAAAGCUAAGCUUAAUCAUUCAUUCACUGAUUACAACUUUAUAUUUUCCCUAACAUACCGUGAAAACUUCUUUGAAACUCUGAAUAAUCUGAAUUUGAAACUAAAAAGUAGAAACACCAUAAUAAUGAAUGCCGAUGGUGCAAUAAGGGCCGUCUAG